GUGGAGACUGAGACCCAUCUUCCCCUUACAGCCUGGGGAUGGAAAUGCAGGAUCCAAAGAUGAAUAGAACCCUCCCUGCAGGUGCUGUAGGCUACAGGCAGGAACGGGAGGGCUUCCUGCCCAGCCAUGGUCCUGCUUCUGGAAGGAAACCGGCUCAGUUCUUGGAUUUCGAGGGGAAGACAUCAUUUGGAAUGUCAGUGUUCAACCUCAGCAAUGCCAUCAUGGGCAGCGGCAUCCUGGGGCUGGCUUAUGCCAUGGCACACACAGGAAUUAUCUUCUUUCUGGUCCUGUUGCUGUGCAUUGCAUUUCUGUCUUCAUAUUCCAUCCACCUCCUGCUGACCUGUGCCAGUGUUGUAGGCAUCCGAGCCUAUGAGCAAUUGGGACAGAGGGCAUUUGGGCCCGCCGGGAAGGUAGUGGUGGCUGCUGUCAUCUGUCUGCACAAUGUUGGGGCCAUGUCCAGUUACCUGUUCAUCAUCAAAUCCGAACUCCCCCUGGUUAUCAGUACCUUCUUGAACGAGGAUCUUUAUGGGAGCUGGUUCUUGGAUGGAAAUCUCCUUAUUAUCAUUGUCAGUGUGUUAAUUAUCCUGCCCCUGGCCCUCAUGAAACAUUUGGGUUAUCUGGGAUAUACCAGUGGUCUUUCUCUGACCUGCAUGCUGUUUUUCCUCAUUUCGGUCAUUUAUGAGAAGUUCCAGAUUGACUGUCCUAUAAGUCACAAUGAGACAGCAAUAGAGAGUAAAGACCCCCCAGGCCUCCCUGCUCAGGGAUUCAACAGCAGCUGUGAGGCCCAGAUGCUCACAGUUGACUCUCAGAUGCCCUACACAGUGCCUAUUAUGGCUUUUGCCUUCGUCUGCCACCCUGAGGUGUUGCCAAUCUACACAGAGCUCUCUCGGCCUUCCCAGCACAGAAUGCAGGCUGUGGCCAAUGUGUCCAUUGGGGCCAUGUUCUGCAUGUAUAGCCUCACAGCAACAUUUGGAUACCUCACCUUCUACAGCAGUGUGACAGCAGAAAUGUUACACAUGUACAACCAGAAGGACCAACUCAUCCUAUGUGUACGCCUGGCUGUGUUGCUUGCAGUGACCCUCACUGUACCAGUUGUGCUCUUCCCUAUCCGUCGGGCCCUGCAGCAGCUACUCUUCCCAAGCAAGGCCUUCAGCUGGCCACGACAUGUGGCUAUAGCCCUGAUCCUGCUGGUGUUGGUCAAUGUCCUUGUCAUUUGUGUGUCCACCAUCCGGGAUAUCUUUGGGGUUAUCGGGUCCACCUCAGCCCCUAGCCUCAUCUUCAUCCUUCCCAGCAUCUUCUACCUCCGUAUUGUACCCUCUGAGGUGGAGCCCCUCUUUUCCUGGCGGAAGAUCCAGGCCCUGUGUUUUGGCAUCCUGGGAGUCCUCUUCAUGUUCCUCAGCCUGGGUUUUAUGUUUGCCAACUGGGCCACAGGCCAGAGCCAUGUGUCUAGACACUGA